AUGGGUAAGGACCAGGACCUGCUUCAUGCGGUGAAGACCGAGGAUCUUCUGACGGCGCAGCGGCUUCUCCAGCGACCCAGGCCCGGGAAAACCAAGUUGCUGGGAACAGCCAAGAGGGUCAAUGUUAACUUCCAGGACACAGACGGGUUGUCUCCUCUGCACCAUGCUGCUCUGAGCGGCAACAAGGAGCUGAUCUCUCUGCUGUUGGAGGCUCAGGCCACAGUGGACAUUAAGGACCAGAACGGUAUGCGUCCACUGCACUACGCGGCGUGGCAGGGGAAGACUGAGCCAAUGAAAAUGCUCCUGAAGGCGGGAUCAUCAGUCAACAUUCAAUCAGACGAGGGCCAGAUCCCACUGCACCUAUCAGCACAGCACGGACAUUAUGACGGGUCAGAGAUGUUGCUGCAGCACCAGUCUAAUCCGUGUAUCUCCGACACGGCCGGUAAGACUCCUCUGGACCUGGCCUGUGAAUUUGGACGAGUGGGGUGAGUGGUCCAGCUGCUCCUCAGUAGUAAUGUCUGUGCAGCGAUGAUCGAGCAGCCGUCGAACCCCAACGGCGUCUCUCCUCUUCACCUGGCCGCCAAGAACGGACACAUCGAUGUCAUACGUCUGCUGAUCCAAGCAGGUAUAGACAUCAACAGACAGUCAGAGUCGGGGACGGCGCUGCAUCAGGCAGCUCUCUGUGGAAAGACUGAGGUGGUGAGACUGCUGUUGGAUAGUGGCAUCAGUGCUGGGGUGAGGAACACUCUGUGUCAGACGGCUCUGGACAUCGUUAACCAGUUCACCGCCACACAGGCCAGCAGAGAGAUCAAACAGCUGCUGAGAGAUGCGUCAGCUGCGAUGCAGGUCAGAGCUCUGACAGAGUACUGCAACAACUACGACCUGACGAGCCUCAACAUCAAGACUGGAGACAUCAUCACGGUUCUGGAGCAGCAUUCUGACGGACGGUGGAAGGGUUGUAUCCAUGACAACCGGACAGGAAAUGACCGCGUCGGCUACUUCCCCUCCAGCAUGGUGGAGGUGAUCAGCAAGAGGCCAGGCCCCUCCCUCUCCCAGCAGAGCCACACCCUCCUUCUACGUAGGCACGUCCCCUGCCCCUCCCCCUGCCUCGUUACCACGGUGAACAGCCACCGCUCCCACAUGCUACCACUGCCUCUUCCUCCUCAUCCUCCUCUCACGCAAACCACACCUCUCUUCUCCUCCUUUGGUUAUCCCCCACUCCUCCUCUCUCCUCCUCACCUCUCCACUCUCCCCCUGGGCCUCUCCACUCCACCACCUCCUCCUCCUCUCUCCUCUCCUCCUCUCUCGACAAGUCUGGAGCAGCCAAGCCUGCCAGGUUCUCGGGGCUCUGAGUCCAGUCCCCACGGCUCUCCCACACUUGGCCAGCAGGGCGGCUCCAGCGAGGAUGUCUGGGUUCUCCGGAAGCCCCUCGCAGGUGGUGACCGUAGCAGCAGUGUGGGUAGUCUGGGUAGCGUUCGUUCCCUCGGCAGCGUCCAGAGUUCUGGAAAUACACAACACGCCCUGAAUACGCCUCCUCCGCCUGCCACAGCACACGCUACUAACACGCCAGCUAGCAGCCUGAACACACACGGCCUCAACGCUCCCGGGCUCCACGCGCAGUCGGAGGGAGUUUGUGUGUGUGUGUGUGUGUUUCAGAUGUGUCUCCUAGCCACAGUGAUGUCCCAGUCAAUAAAGGCAAAGGAGCAUCUGUUGGAGCAGUCCAAGUCUGUGGAGCAGGCAGCAGCUGCUGCUAAGAGUCCAUCUGGUUGUCCUCCUCAAGACCAGCGCUCCUUUGAUCGCAAGGCAGAGGCAGAUGUGAAGAGUGAGGCGGUAGUGACCUGGUUGACUGAGUGUCAGCUGCAGUUCUACACCACUCACCUCCUCACCGCUGGCUAUGACCUAGACACCAUAGGCCACAUGACCCCCGAGGACCUGACAGCAAUCGGUGUAACUAAACCAGGCCAUCGUAAGAAGAUGACAUCAGAGAUCAGCAAACUGCCGUCUGGUGACUGGCUCCCUGACCACAAACCAGCCAGCCUGGCAGAGUGGUUGUCAGCGAUAGGGCUGAACCAGUACUACCAGGUUCUGGUGCAAAAUGGAUAUGACAACAUCGACUUCAUCACUGAGAUCAGCUGGGAGGACCUGAAGGAGAUUGGCAUCACCAAGCUGGGCCACCAAAAGAAGAUGAUGUUAGCAGUGAGGAGACUGGGGAAGUUCCAGAGAGGAGAGAGUAUCUCUCAGCCUUCUACCCCUCCUUCUGGCUCCACCCCUCCUUCUGGCUCCACCCCUCCAUCCUCCUCCACUCCUCCCCCCUCUACCCCACUUCCAUCCACAGGGAGGGGUCAGAGGCCCCCCCUCACUAAACCCCGGCCAGGGAUUGAGUCCCCAACACACACACCCUCCCCACCUCACACUCCCACCAAGACCCACAAGGCUCGAGCCCACCCCUCCACCCAGCCCCCGCCAGCUGAUUCGCCAGUCCAAGAAGGGGGUGUGUCUGUUCCUUUACUCUGUCUGCCAAUGGAGGAGGAGCAUCGGCGAACUCACAGCCUGAUUGGCUACUCGGGGUACGAAACCGAUGCCCUCUCGGUUACAGACUUCGCCCCUAGAUACGCCACGGUCUGCCGCAGCAGCUCGGCUCAACGCUCCGACCCCAAUGACGCAACUGUCAACCGUAGCCAAUCAUCAGUCACGCUGCGGCCCAGGAGGAAAGGCCGGCCCCCGACUCCGCCCAAACGGUCAUGUUCCUCCAUCUCCGGGGGCGACGGGCUGGGGGAGGGGCUGGGGGUAGUAGGGAUCAGGGAGAGGAGAGCCAGCGACUGUGGAGGGCUGGCGGAGAGGAGGGGGGAGGGGGGUCUGGUGAGGUCAGAGGGGGCGGGGGGGAGCGUCCGGAGCAUCGCCGCCAUGUUGGAGACAUCGAUGGGAGGAGUUGGUCCUGGAGGGGGAGGGGCCAAGACCCUGCCCAGAACCAUGGGAGGCAGAGGCAGCUACCUCAACCCUACACAGGUUAGUCCGGCGGCGUUGCGUCGUCAGGCCGGGUCAGGUGGUCUCGGGUCUGAUGAUGAUAUCAUGAAUCGCCGUCGGACCAUCAGCGGUCCGCUCACCGACCAGACAGACUCCGCCCAGAUCCAGUCCCCGCGGCAACACACUGAGCUACGCCCAGAACCCCGCCCACGCUCCACGGUCGUCACACCGACAGGAGAAGGGCUUAUUACGGAUGGAACAGCAACCAUCAACCGAAGGUUCACCAGUCUAACUCUAUCAGUCUAA